GAACCACGCUUGAUCACGAACACAGGCCAGCAGCGCCAUCGAAUAGGCAUUGAAGAAUGGGAAGGAGACCCAAGCGGUUGAAACCAGUUCCUGCGAAGCCAGGCUACGACAUCAGAAAUCUACUGUUGUCCUCUCCAAGGAAGAAGAGCGAGGAUAACCCUUCGCCAGCGUCUUCUCCAUCAAAGCCGUCGUCAGCGAAGCGUGACGACACAGACAAGGCUAAAGCAAAGGAUAAGGGGAGUUUAAUGGUGGAGAUCUCUGAUAGUGAUAGCGACGGUGACAGUGAUGAUGAUCUCCUUGUUCUUCUAGGAGGUAAGAACGCCGACAAAGCAGCGGUGGGCGCUAACCCUUUCUCAGCUAUUGAGGGCUGCGCGAUGCUGAGAUCACCGCCAAAGAGGAAUCUCAUUCCUGAGUUAAUGGAUGAUUCCAGUCUCAAACUCUGGAAGAAGAGUGCUAGGCUAUUCGAGCUCCAUGAACAGGACGAUGCGAAGUCUUUGAGUAUCAUCACGAAAAAGGAAGAGUUUAGAAAGUUGCUGGAGAGUAAGCUGGAUAAGGAAGUGCUCAAGGAUGAAUCCUACAUCGAGUAUCUUUCUCAAAACAAAGAGAACCCACGGUUGAAGGAUUUCUUCUAUUUCGACAAGGCUUGGAGCUAUGAAGAGAAUCCAUCUUCACCACAUGUGGCGCUUUUCGCUGUGAACCGGGGGCAGUCAUUGUUGACAGAUGUUGAAGUCGUUAACCAGCCAAGUGUCUUCCUGGUGAAGAGAAGUUCAGAGGCAAUCCAAGAUAGACAACGUACCUUUGAAAUAUCGGACAUUGAUUCACUCUUAGAAGCCCUGGGAGUAUCUGAAGAUAGAUUAUCCAUGAAGACACUGACACACGAUGACCUGGAUUUCAAUUCAAAGUGUAAAAGACAAAGCGUCGACCUUGUCAUAGCCAAAUUGGAAUACAUCACCAAACUGGUCUGUAAACAAUCGGAGUACCGUGAGAAUAUAUUCAUAAGGAUGAUUGAAGUGCUGGGAUUCGUUAUGAUGGACUUUAGGGUUCUUUCAUCUAACGUGAGCCUAUCACUGACGCGCAUCGUCAAUGGCCUCCUCCAAUGGCAGUACAGAUCAAUAAGAGAUGUGAAGUUUGAACUCAUCACCUCCAAAUGGAUCGCCCUAACGGAAUUAAUCGACUACAACUAUCGUAUUGUCUCCACACUGGUGCCAACUGUGUCAACGGUGGUUGCUAAGCUUCGAAGGUGGUUGGCACUCUCCUUACUGGUGGAUGAACUACCACCGGUGACUUUGGCGACUACAGAGGAGGAAAUGGACAAGGUUGUGUAUCAGUCCAUCCUCGGCGCAAUUCAGCAUCUUGUGGACUCCAAGGACGUCUUAACCGAUGUUGACUACGAUACUCUUAUGACCAAACUCAAGGCAGUUUCUCUGUGUAUCGUCACCGACAAGCACCCCUUGCUGGAACCAUUGGCACGUGUGGUGAAGCAAUUGGAAACAAAGGUCCCGGUGAGCUUCACCGGACAGGCACAGGCAUCGUGUCGCUCAACACUACUCAUGCUACAGAGCACCAUUGACGCCCAUCAGAUGAAGCCCAAGAAUAGCUUGUACAGUUAGUAAAGUGGAUAUCGUGGGAUGGUGUGUCGCGUAACGGCUGUAGGACUUGCGGAGACCAACAGAUGACACAACUUGUCGUUUCGUAUAGAUACGAACGUCUUCAAAACCUCACUAGUAGUUAAUAUAGCUGUUGUAACUUAACAGACAUAGAAGUAUGCUUGUACAACCAAGAUCAUUUGUACUGUCC